AUGCUAGCCAACAAACUACCUAGAGUAAAGCACCAUACCCACAAAUUAGCAUCUAUACCAUUGCUAGCAGAGAAUAUGUUUUGUGCUUGUAUUCCUGUAGGAGUAGCAUCAUCAGUACUGGAGGUAGCAUUACUUGAUAAACCAGCUGUAUCAUUUGAAGCUCCACUAGGUAAAGGAGUGGGGACAGUGGUGGGGGAACCUGAGAGGAUGGUGGUGGAAAAACCUGAGGCAAUGGUGGUGGGAGAACCUGAGGUGAUGGUGGUGGUGGGAGAACCUGAGGGGAUGAUGGUGGGAGAACCUGAGGGGAUGAUGGUGGGAGAACCUGAGGGAAUGGCAGUGGGGGAACCUGAGGGAAUGGCAGUGGGGGAACCUGAGAGGAUGAUGGUGGGGGAACCUGAGAGGAUGGUGAUGGGGAAACCUGAGGGGAUGGUGGUAGGAGAACCUGAGGGGAUGAUGGUGGGGGAACCUGAGAGGGUGGUGAUAGGGAAACCUGAGGCUUUGUAG